AUGACUGAGCACAAGCUCAGCGAUACUUACAUGCAGCCUCGAGCACCCCCGCAACCGCCCGGCAAACCUGCUAACUCUCCCAAUCCACCCGCAAAGGAUCAGGCGAACGUCAACGAGGAAGGAAAGGUGUCACCUAAGCUGCCUAGAUGGAGUGCAGGUGGCGAUUUCAGUAUGGACGAGGACAUGGCGAGGAUACUCGGCACCGACGCAGAUUCGUCGUCCAUCCUUCGUCGUGUAUCAAAUGCUGUCCGUCACGGACGUACCAAUAGUACCGAGGGUGGUCAUUCUCAGACUCAACAUCCUCAUAGAGUCACAGGUCACACGAGGAGUAUCAGUGAGACCACCCGUGGUACCGCUUCUCCUCGCUGGCCCAAGACCCCCAUCGCCGAGGAUCCCAACGGACAUGAGAUCAGCAGCCCUAUUUCCCUCCACUCGAGCGACGAUCCGGCUUUCCUCAAGAGGCAACUGCGCAACUCAGAGAAUCGUGUUGCCGAGUUGGAGAGACAGUUCACUACGGAAAAGGACUUGAAGCGUCUCAACAAGACACUCAUCGAAAAGCGCAAGACAGUUUCGGUGUUGGAUACUCAGACUGAGAUUAUGAUUCGUCAGCUCGAAGUUCUCGCCGGAUACGUCGAACGCGCAAAGGAGACCAAGACACCUGUCGACCCCCGCGACCUGGAAGAUUCCGCAAUCAAGGAGUUUGUGCAGAAGCUUGACAAGGUCAAGCAGGCAAUGAGCGCAGCUAUUGAGCAACUGCACGAGGAACGCGACGAGCUGGUCGACGAGAAGAACCAAGCAAUGGCUGACAGGGACCGCGCCCUGCUGGAGUUUGAGCAGCUUUCUUCCAAGAACGCCCAGCUCGCGGACAUGAACAACGACUUGACUCACCAGAUCCAAGAACGGUUCAAGUCUCAGAUUGGGGGCGAACUCAAGUCUCCCAACGGCCUUGGCAUUUACAGCCAGAGCAAGGUCUUUUCAUCAUCCAACCUAAACCUCACCGAUUCGGCGAGCAUGACCACGACUCUCGUUCAUGAGACGGAUGAGCCAGUUGUUGAAGCCCGACCGACGGUGGUUGAUAUCAGGAAGGGGCAGGUGAAGAAGUUCAACUGGAAGAAGGGAUCCAAGGGCCUGGCAGGAAGCGUGGCCAAGGGUGUCAACCGUGCCGUUGUGGCUUUCCAGCAGGAGCGCGAACGCGGUCCGCAUCAGGGCCUGACAGGGGACAGCAUCGGUCUGCCAUACAACAUGACUGUUUCUCAAGUGGAAGCACCCAGUACCCAGGCUCCUGGACCUACCGCACAGCAGAAGAAUGCGCAGCAAGCACAAGGAUUUGGCUUCUUCAAGAACAAGAAUAAUCAGAAGUCCAUGUCCACGACUAACGUGUCGACGCCCACGAUCGCGGAGGCGCCCACCACCUUGUUUGGCUCGGAUCUAACUGAAAGAGCCGAUUACGAAAGGCGCACCAUCCCCAGCGUGGUGACACGUUGUAUCGAAGAGGUUGAGCUUCGUGGUAUGGAUAUUGAGGGCAUCUACCGAAAGACGGGCGGCAACUCCCUGGUGAAGGUAAUCCAAGAAGGAUUCGACAAGAGCGAGGACUACGACAUCUCAGACCCUGGCCUGGACAUCACCGCGGUGACGAGCGUGUUGAAGCAAUACUUCAGGAAGCUUCCGAUGCCGUUGCUGACGUACGAGGUGUACGACAGAGUUCUUGAGUCGAAUGCCAUCGCAGACCAGACCGAACGCUGUGACCACCUUCGCAAGGUAUUCAGCACGAUGCCACAGCGACACCGCGAUUGCCUCGAGUUCUUAAUGUUUCAUCUUGCGCGGGUUGCGCAGCGGGAGCCUGAGAAUUUGAUGUCUCCCAAGAACUUGGCGGUCGUAUUCGCGCCCACUAUCAUGCGAGACACGAGCCUGGAACGCGAGAUGACAGACAUGCACGCCAAGAACCUGGCGGUGCAAUUUGUUGUUGAGAACAGCCACACCAUCUUUACCGACUGA